AUGCUGAAGACGAAGGGCCGCCGAUUCAAGGACAUUUUGGCAGAGGGCAAUAAGAGCUACAUCUUCGAACCCGGUCGCACGAAGGACGACGUGCGCGUACGCGUCGGUGAGGCCGACCGCCUGAAGAAGGGGUACCCCGAAGUCGCAUUGCCUCGCGCGCAGCCCCCGGUCUCGUACUCGCAAAUCGAGUCGAGGUUUAUCGUCGCGGCAAAGAAGGUCCUCAACAAGGACCCCGAAUUGGAGAUCAUCCGAGUGGGCCAAGCCACUGGUCUGCUCGAGGUCACGUACACGUCCAGGCAAAUCACGGAUAAGCUCCGUAAGAUGGCAAUGAGAGCGAAGACCGUGGAACCCGUCGCGACGCUCCAGUGCUUUGUCACCUGCAACGACUCAAGCGUCGACGCGAGCCCUUUGGUUCUUGACGUGUCGGCAAACGAUUACAUCUUUGAGGUCAAGUUGCAGUUGUGUGCGACUUGCAACCUCGGUCUCGGGCCCCUCCAACAUCUCGCACUGUUGCACGACGGCACGGUUGUCCAAGACGUCGCCGUCGUGCAACAGUGCGAGAUGUUGGAGGGGCCCGAGACCAAAGCAGCGCCGCUUGCGACGAGCGACCUGCCACCCAACAAGCGCCGCAAGUUUCGCUGA